AACAUGGACACACACUGCUGUAAUUAAUUGAGCGCGCGUUCUUACUUCUAGUUUAUGGUUUAACUACAUGUUUGUUAAUGUGUCUGCAUGGAUAUCCCAACUCAAUCAUCCAGCAUGUCGGAGAACAAGGAGCUGAAGCUGGACUUCAUCUUGAAGGAGCUCACUCUGUCCCCGCAGGCUGAGGAGGCUGUCCCCGGCAGCUCGUCCAGCGUGGAGCUGCAGGACCAGAGGCUGGUGUGUGUGGAGUACCCGGCGGUGGUCAGCAGCGUGGACAGGAUGCUGGAGACUCUCGGGGGGGAAAGAGCCGUGUCCAAAACCUUUGCUCAUCCCAACAGGCGUCUUGAGCUGCGUUUCCGACCUCAAGAUCCUUUCUGUCACUCCCUGUGUGGAAACCGCUACCCAUCGAGCAACCUGGUGCUCAGAGUGCGGCGUCGGGUGCGAAAGAAGGACCCCAAAGACGUUGAGAUCCACAUGGAUAUCCUGGGAGUCAUUGCAACAACAUACAAAUUCCAAGGGAUGGCAGACUUCCAGUGCCUCGCUGUUGAUUCAGAAGGUGGAAAAGACACUUCUUUGUACGAUAAAAUCAUCCUGCGCAAACCCGAGAAUCAAGAUUUCUUUGAGAAGCCCAUUCCCCUGUUUAUUCCCCCGGCCAGCUUUUCCCGCCUCGACACCCCGGUGGAUUAUUAUUUCCGACCUGACGUCAAUCAAAAUAUAGCCCAGCCCUUGAACAAGAGCAACUUCAUCGGUUUGAAUCGAGCUCGUCGGCCCCACAACGCCAUCUUUUUCAGCUUCAAUGACCCAACCGUCCCUGGCGAGUGCCUCGAGGCGGCGAAACUCAACUGGAAGCGAGUCUGCGUGAAGGAGAGCGACAAGCAGGCCGAGGAACAUUUGAGACAGAUGUUUGAGACCCGGCCCAUCUGGUCCCGGAACGCAGUCAAGGCCAAUAUCAACAUCCACCCUGAUAAACUGAAACUGCUGCUGCCCGUCUUCGCCUACUACAUGGUGACAGGGCCGUGGAGGAGUCUGUGGGUGAGGCUGGGCUAUGACCCCCGGAAGACCAAAGAGUCCAAGAAAUACCAGCUACUGGACUUCAGGAUCCGCUGUAGCACCAAGCAUGGGUAUUCAUUAUCUGACAUGCCAGUGAAAGCCAAGAGGAGCGCUCUGAACUACAACCUGUCCAUCACAAUGAACAAAGCAGGUCCUCAGGCUGCGAGUGUGAUGGAGCUUCCCGCGCAGGAGGGUCUGGGCUCCACUCGGGACCCAACCCCAAUUUCCUACCAGCUGAAGGAGUCAUCCUACAUUUUCAAAGAGGGCAUGCUGCCUCCACACAGACAGAUGUUCUACCAGCUUUGUGAUCUGGAUGUGGAAAGUAUCAAAAAGGUGAUCGCUCAGAUUGCCGAUGAGGAUCUGCCCUGUGACGAGCGGGACGGCUGGUGUGUCCUCGGCACUACGGACAAACUGCGGGACAUGAUCUCAGCCAUGAUCAAGAAGGUCAUCCGAGCCAGUAAACCACCCAUGCCAGAACUCCCCAAGAGACGCAGACGCAAAGGCCUUGCAAUAUCCCCGGGGAGAGGCUCUGAUUCAGAGGAAGAGAACGACAACAAGGAUGACGAAGACGAGGAUGAGGACGAUGAGUUUCUGCCGUCGGAGGGCAGCGAAAACGAGAUGGAGACAGAAAUUCUGGACUACAUGUAACAAAAGACAGCCAUUUCCUGAUAGAGUUGAUAAGUCUGUAUUAUUUUUUUCAGUUAAAUCUAAAUAAAAAAGAAAGUAUUUCUA